CCCAAAUGAGGGCAAUUCAGGGCCCAGUUUGCAGCAGGACCGGACUUCUUACAGCCUGAGGAGCCUUUGUGGGUUCUUGCAAGCUGCUGGCAACAGGAAACCACCAACAGCAACUCAACACACGGCGACAAGAAGAAUUAGGGCUUUCUCCUUCUGCGUGCUCCAAGGACUGAAGCUCAUCCAAAGGAGCUGAUGGUCCCAAGCUGAUGAUCUGGAAGGGGUUUUUCAACUCUGCUGGACAGCUAAGAUUGAGUGGGGUAUGAUUUAAUCUGAACACAGGACUCUCAAGGAUGGGGUUGUUUGGCAGCAAAAAUCAGCUGAUGCCCAAUGAGAAACACACUUCUGGAGGCAACCCAAAAACCAAGGGCAAACCUCCUCCUGCCCCACCCAAGGGGAGACAAGCUAUCAACAACCCUCAUCUAAACCAAGCCUCUGCACAAGAUCACUUGUUCGUGGUUGCACUGUACGAUUUUCCUGCCUCAAGUGACCGUGACCUGGAGCUGGUCAAGGGGGAGAAACUCCAGGUCCUCUCCAACGAGGGGGACUGGUGGCUGGCAGAGUCCCUCAGCACUGGGAGGAAAGGAUACAUCCCCAGCAACUUCGUGGCACAAGUGGACAGUUUGGAAGAGGAAAAGUGGUAUUUUAGAACUCUGAGCAGAAAAGAUGCUGAAAGGCUGCUGUUGUCUUCUGGGAACAAAGUUGGCUCUUUCCUGGUCCGGGAGAGUGAAACCACCAAAGAUGCCUACUCCCUGUCUGUGAGAGACAACGACUCUGCUCACGGGGACAUCAUCAAACACUACAGGAUCCGCUCCCUGGAUGGGGGAGGGUACUACAUCUCCCCCAGGAUGACUUUCUCCAGCCUGCCAGAGCUCAUCCAUCAUUACAGCCAGAAAGGGGAUGGGCUGUGCCAGCGCCUCACAGCUCCCUGCACAUCCCUGGUUCCCCAGAGACCCUGGGCCCAGGACGAGUGGGAGAUCCCUCGGGAGGCCCUGAAGCUUGUGAAGAAGCUGGGCAGUGGGCAGUUUGGGGAAGUGUGGAUGGGCUACUACAAGAACAACAUCAAGGUGGCUGUGAAGACCAUGAAGGAGGGCAGCAUGGAUCCUGACGCCUUCCUGGCAGAGGCAAACCUGAUGAAGAAGCUGCAGCACAACAAGCUGGUCCGGCUGUACGCCGUGGUCACCAAGCAGCCCAUCUACAUCGUGACAGAGUACAUGGCCAAUGGGUGUUUGCUGGAUUUCCUGAAGACAGAAGAAGGAAGCCAGCUGAGUCUCCCCAAACUCAUUGAUAUGUCUGCUCAGGUGGCAGAGGGCAUGGCCUACAUCGAGCGCAUGAACUUCAUCCACCGGGACCUGAGGGCUGCCAACAUCCUGGUCUCGGAGACGCUCUGCUGCAAGAUCGCUGAUUUCGGCCUGGCCAGGCUCAUCGAGAACGAGUACCUGGCUCAGGAAGGUGCCAAAUUUCCCAUCAAAUGGACAGCUCCAGAGGCCAUUAACUAUGGGGUUUUCACCAUCAAAUCUGACGUGUGGUCAUUUGGGAUCCUCCUGACAGAGAUCAUCACCUACGGCAGGAUCCCUUAUCCAGGGAUGACCAACCCCGAGGUGAUUCGCAACCUGGAGCGGGGGUACCGCAUGCCCUGUCCCGAGGCGUGUCCCGGCGAGCUCUACAGCAUCAUCCUCAAGUGCUGGCGCAGCAACCCCGAGGAGCGCCCCACCUUCGAGUACCUGCAGUCGGUGCUCGAGGACUUCUACACCUCCACGGAGAAGCAGUACGAGCCCGAGCCGCAGCAGUGAGCCACGGCCCCGCCAGCUCCUGGGGACAGCGCUGCGGGACCGCCACCAGCGCCCUUCCCUUUCUCCCGGCCGUGCGUGGGGAUGGAGAGCGAGGAGGGACGCGGGGGAGGAGGAUGCUGCCGGCUCGGUGGAUGUCGCAGAGACUGAAGAGGCGGC